AUGGCCGGCCAAGGCAAGAGGGUGACAUUCCCCUCCGACCGCAGCAUAGCCACGGCCAGGGACCCCGAGACGGGUGAAGACGUCCCCGUUGCGCCGACCAACAGACUGGUGGUAAGCAGGACGCAGCGAACACCAGACGAGGUAGCCUUCUACCGACUAGAGCUGAGCAACAGCCUCGCGCAGCAGGUAGCCCUCCGCCGGGACGAUGACGAGACGGGUCUGCACAGGUUCCGCUUCAGGAUCCAGGACAGCCGCGUGGAGGCGCAGUGGAGGCUGGCGGACGCCAACAGGGAGGCGCUGCACGCGCAGGCGGCCGAGAGCGGCGUGCUCGACCUGGCCUUUUUCGCGGCCCGCAAGGCUGCCAACGUCACCCGGCUCCGCGGCAUCGUCGGGAGGCUGGUCGAUCUGGACGCGUCGACGCCGCCCGGCUCAGGCUUCAGGACCGUCGUCUGUCCCUACCGGGGCGACGAGCUCAACUUUGUCAACCCGGGCUGCCCGCUCCUGACCGAGGGCGCGAGGCUGCUCAGGUGGCUAGACGCGAACCUGUGCAUCGUCGCCGACGUCUUCCACCAGAACUCGGCCUGCAUGGCCUAUGCCAGGCUCCACACAUACCGGCUGCAGCAGGGCCAGCUGGCCUCGACGGAAUCGGUGUUCAUCCUGGGGGCAACGGCGAGCGAGACUGCGAGCAUGGCUGCCGAGGCAGCAGAGAUGGCGGGGGAGGAACCUGGCAUUCCUGCACCGCCAUCGCUAACCUCGACCCCCACCCAGCAGGCCACAUCUGGUACCGGGCCCUCUGGCUCCGGAGGGACGACGGCGGACGGGGACUAG